AGCUAGUGAGAUGAAGACUAACUGCUUUGUGAUCAUAUGUGUUACUGCCCCUUUAUCAACCACUAUGAAGUAAACAAGAAAGUGACUGAAGUGAAAGUGAAAGACAGUUUGAUCUCCAGUCAAGAAGAAACCGAUAUUUUUCAUGAAUUUCUAGAAUUAUCUACAGGAUAUUCACCGAAUCUGAAAGUAUUAUAACUGCAGUGAAUUCUGACUCCCUGAAAAAAGGUUAAAAACACAGGAGGAAGAAAAUGGCUGAAUCUUCAUCACAAACAAAAGGCAGAAGAAGAAGGAGCAUGGAUGAACCAGAAUCAUUUUCUCGUGAUUCCAGCAGUCUCCUGUCUGAAGAUCAGCUGCUGUGUCCAAUCUGUCUGGAUGUGUUCACUGAUCCAGUCACCACUCCAUGUGGACACAACUUCUGUAAGAGCUGCCUUACACAGUGCUGGGACAAGAGUCAACACUGUCUCUGUCCAUUAUGUAAAGAGAAAUUCACCAAGAGACCUGAACUGAAGAUUAAUACAACACUGAGAGAUGUUGCAGAUCACUUCAAGAAGAAAAGAGACUCUGACAAACCUGAGGUUCUUUGUGAUGCCUGCAGUGGAGAGAAGCUGAAGGCCCUGAAAUCCUGUCUGGAUUGUUGUGCUAGUUUGUGUAAAACUCAUUUAGAGUUUCAUAAUAAUAUGCCCAAACAUAAGAAGCACAAACUAAUAAACCCUGUGGAGAACCUGGAGGACUACAUAUGCCAGAAACAUGAGAGAGCUCUGGAGCUGUUCUGUAGAGAUGAUCAGACGUGUGUGUGUCAGUUCUGUACUGAGACAGACCACAAGAAUCACAACACUGUUCCUAUAGAGGAGGAGAGCAGAGAGAGGAAGACUCAGCUGGUAAAAACACAGACAGAUGAGCAGCAGAUGAUUCAGGACCGACUGAAGAAGAUAAAAGAGAUCAAACACUCAGUAGAGCAAAGCAAGAGAAGAACAGAGAAAGAGAAAGCAGACAGUGUUGAAAUCUUCACUGCUCUGAUUCGCUCCAUUGAGAGAAGUCAGGCUGAUCUGGUGGAGGUGAUGGAGGAGAAGCAGAAAGCAGCAGAGAGGCAGGCUGAAGGACUCAUUAAAGAGCUGGAGCAGGAAAUCAGUGUGCUAAAGAGGAGAGACACUGAGCUGGAGCAGCUCUCACACACUGAGGAGCAUCUCCACCUCCUACAGGUUUACUCCUCCAUGUGCAGCCUUCCACACACCAAGAACUGGACUGAGAUCAGUAUUAACACUGAUGUGAGUGAGGACACUGUGAGGACAGCUCUGUCUCAGCUUCAGCAGUCUCUGAAUGAGAAACUCAAUAAAACACUUGAUGACAAGUUAAAGGAAACAGUUUCCACAGAACUGAAGAGGAUUCAGCAGUAUGCAGUGGAUGUGACUCUGGAUCCUGAUACAGCUCAUCCAAAACUCAUCCUGUCUGCUGAUGGAAAACAAGUGACACAUGGAGACAAACGACAGAAUCUCCCUGAUACACCACAGAGGUUUAAUACAUGUGUCUGUGUUCUGGGAAAGCAGAGUUUCUCCUCAGGGAGAUUUUAUUAUGAGUUGCAGGUCAGAGGGAAAACUGGAUGGGAUGUUGGAGUGGCCACAGAGAAUAUUAACAGGAAACAGGGGUUUAAACUGAAUCCUCCGAAUGGAUUCUGGACUGUGACCCUGAGGAAUGAGAAUCAGUAUCAGGCUUGUGCUGGUCCCUCUGUUCCUCUCACACUGAGAGAGAAGGUGGAGGUUGUGGGGGUGUUUGUGGAUUAUGAGGAAGGUCUGGUCUCCUUUUAUGAUGUAAAGUCCAGAUCUCAUAUCUACUCUUUCACUGAUCAGUCUUUCACUGAGAAACUCUAUCCAUACUUCAGCCCUGAUUUAAAUAAUGGAGGUAAAAAUUCAGCACCACUAAUCAUCUCUCCUGUAUUUAAAACCGAAUGUUAAAAACACAGGAGGAAGUAAAUGGCUGAAUCUUCAUCACAAACAAAAGGCAGAAAAAGGAGGAGAAUGGAAGAGCCAGAAUCAUUUUCUCGUGAUUCCAGCAGUCUCCUGUCUGAAGAUCAGCUGCUGUGUUCGAUCUGUCUGGAUGUGUUCACUGAUCCAGUCACCACUCCAUGUGGACACAACUUCUGUAACAGCUGCCUUACACAGUGCUGGGACAAGAGUCAACACUGUCUCUGUCCAUUAUGUAAAGAGGAAUUCACCAAGAGACCUGAACUGAAGAUUAAUACAACACUGAGAGAUGUUGCAGAUCACUUCAAGAAGAAAAGAGACUCUGACAAACCUGAGGUUCUUUGUGAUGCCUGCAGUGGAGAGAAGCUGAAGGCCCUGAAAUCCUGUCUGGAUUGUUGUGCUAGUUUGUGUAAAACUCAUUUAGAGUUUCAUAAUAAUAUGCCCAAACAUAAGAAGCACAAACUAAUAAACCCUGUGGAGAACCUGGAGGACUACAUAUGCCAGAAACAUGAGAGAGCUCUGGAGCUGUUCUGUAGAGAUGAUCAGACGUGUGUGUGUCAGUUCUGUACUGAGACAGACCACAAGAAUCACAACACUGUUCCUAUAGAGGAGGAGAGCAGAGAGAGGAAGACUCAGCUGGUGGAAACACAGACAGAUGUGCAGCAGAUGAUUCAGGACCGACUGAAGAAUAUAAAAGAGAUCAAACACUCAGUAGAGCAAAGCAAGAGAAGAACAGAGAAAGAGAAAGCAGACAGUGUUGAAAUCUUCACUGCUCUGAUUCGCUCCAUUGAGAGAAGUCAGGCUGAUCUGGUGGAGGUGAUGGAGGAGAAGCAGAAAGCAGCAGAGAGGCAGGCUGAAGGACUCAUUAAAGAGCUGGAGCAGGAAAUCAGUGUGCUAAAGAGGAGAGACACUGAGCUGGAGCAGCUCUCACACACUGAGGAGCAUCUCCACCUCCUACAGGUUUACUCCUCCAUAUGCAGCCUUCCACACACCAAGAACUGGACUGAGAUCAGUAUUAACACUGAUGUGAGUGGGGACACUGUGAGGACAGCUCUGUCUCAGCUUCAGCAGUCUCUGAAUGAGAAACUCAAUAAAACACUUGAUGACAAGUUAAAGGAAACAGUUUCCACAGAACUGAAGAGGAUUCAGCAGUAUGCAGUGGAUGUGACUCUGGAUCCUGAUACAGCUCAUCCUGAUCUCAUCCUGUCUGCUGAUGGAAAACAAGUGACAUGUGGAGACACACGACAGAAUCUCCCUGAUACUCCAAAGAGGUUUAAUACAUGUGUCUGUGUUCUGGGAAAGCAGAGUUUCUCCUCAGGGAGAUUUUAUUAUGAGUUGCAGGUCAGAGGGAAAACUGACUGGGAUGUUGGAGUGGCCACAGAGAAUAUUAACAGGAAGGGGAAUAUUACACUGACUCCUCCGAAUGGAUUCUGGACUAUGGUACUGAGGAAUGAGAAUCAGUAUCAGGCUUGUGCUGGUCCCCCUGUCCCCCUCACACUGAGAGAGAAGGUGGAGGUUGUGGGGGUGUUUGUGGAUUAUGAGGAGGGUCUGGUCUCCUUUUAUGAUGUAAAGUCCAGAUCUCAUAUCUACUCUUUCACUGGUCAGUCUUUCACUGAGAAACUCUAUCCAUACUUCUGUCCUGAUUUAAAUAAUGAAGGUAAAAAUUCAGCACCACUGAUCAUCUCUCCUGUAUUUAAAACCGAAUGAAUUUUCACCAAACAAAAUCAAUCACCUGUUAAAUGUUGAGAAUAAAAAUAAAGAAUUUUUUAUUUUGUGAAUUUUUGAAAUACAUAUUUCCUUUUAAAAUGCUGUACAGAUUAUUUUAAUACCUGGUUUUAAUUGUAAUCCUACAGUCUGUUAUUUAUGAUUAUGUGACAUUAUGAUUGUGGAACUUUGUCAUUACAAAUCACAUAUAAAUAAAGAUCAUUUACAGUUUA